AUGGACUUGCGCUCUUUGAUCUUCGGGUUCCUUUUGUUUGCACUGAUCGUCACCGGGCAGAGGAAACGAAUCGUCUCGGGAGCGAUUUGGAACGAUGAUGCUGGAAAUCGGAUACAAGCCCAUGGGGGAUCCCUUUUACAGCGGGGAAACGAAUGGUCGAACGACCUUGUCACCUGGACGAGGCUACCGAAUGUGUUGGUUAGUGAAGCUGGCACCCCAUUGAAUGGGGAUAUGGUGGUUGAGAGGCCCCGAGUGCUCUUCAAUCAAGCCACUAACAAGUUUGUAAUGUACUUCCACUAUGAUGACUCAAAUGUGUUUUCCAAGACGUUUCCUGACAAGCUUUUGGAUCUUUGGAUUCAAAAGAUACCAUCUAGCGAAGAUAGCAAUGCAAAUUUGAAGCUCGCUCGUCUGAGUAAAGAUUAUGUGAGUGAUUCCUUUCUGAAAUCCUCAUUGGGCAAGACUGGAGAUGGAUGUGGAGGAGCUGGUUUAUGUAUGGAAGCAGGUGUUCUGGGAAGCGACAGGUGUCAUCAAGGAAGGAGGAGUUUAUCACGUGAUAUUUUCACUCCAGGUGAUUACCCUUUUAAAAUCGUGAUACGUGUUAGCCUUGGAACUGACGGCAACUCCGAGUGGGGUUUCACGGACGUCCUCAAGAAAGGUUGGUCCGCGAACCCAAACAAAGUUGUCAGGGCGAGCAAUUUGGCUGGUCCCUGGUCAGAUGCACUCGACAUUGCAGACCCCCAGCUAAACACGUAUUCAUCCCAAAACACAUAUGAGCUUACCGUCACUGGCACUCAGGCUACGACCCAUAUCUGUGGCACUUAUCGAACGGGGCAGAUCGGCGUAAAUGGAGGUGGAAAGUCCAAUGUGUAUUAUCCACCGACUUCAGCUCUCAUGUCCAUCCCUGUACCCGUCACGCUGGCGCUUGGAAAUGACAAUGUCAUUGAUCUGGGCAUUCCCAGCGGAGUUGUGGUUGAUCAUAUCAUUGUGUAUUGA